GCCAUCAGCCGACACAUCGGGCUGCAGCAACAGCACUGCUGACCCAUGGCAGAGACCACCUGUAAACAGUUGGAUGCCUCAGAGCUCCAGUGGAAGCAGCAAUAGUAUCUGCCAGAGUGCUUUCGACUGUGAGGAUAGUCGUGGGGGUGACCUGUCCAGUAGCACCAUCGCAGCGGUAAGAGCCAGGUAUACUGCAGAAGAUUUGUCAGGCAUGAACAGGUCCCAGUAUGGGAGAUUGAAGCUCCACUCAAUGAUUGACAUUCAUUGUGAUCCAAGUUUUGAUCAUGAGCUGUACGACUGCUCUCAUGGUGAUCAGGAAUUUGCUCCUGCCCCUCGGAAUGCUUACAGUCGAAAAGUGCACUUGGUGAAGCUGAGUCCUCACAAAGAAACACAGAUGGAAGAAAUGCCAAAGCAAGCGCAGUCUACUUGCGGAAGAUCAGCCAGUGUUAUCUCAUGCAUGAGACCAGCAGGCAUGGGAUCAGCUGGCAUAAAGUGUGAUUCGCAGGAGCGGACUGAGAAGAAUCCCAGGGAGCUGGGAACUGCAGCGCGGGGGAUGGGCAAUACUGGAGAGCUCCAUCCAACGAGAGCGGCAGGGGUGGGGACGGGUGGACUGAGGUUGAACUGUCAGAAUGAGAGACAGACAGUGCUUGAACGAGUGGAGACCCUUGAAGUUCAGCUUGCUGCUGUAGAGCAUGCACUGGUGAUGUCACCAUGGCCAGCAGAGAGUGCUUCCAGGGAGUUCAAUCACCGUCGCCAAUGGUCCCUCACACCGAAGGAGUGUAUGGAAGAGCUCCAAGGCAAAGGACCUCUGCUCCAGCGAAUUGAGAUGUUGGAAGCAAGGCUUGCUGUGGCAGAGCUGCUGUUAAGGAAUGAGGAGCACAGCUUCAAGCUCUUCGAGGAGGACUGGGCAAUGGAGAGCAGCUCCAUGGAGGGCAGGGAAAACAUGGAUCCGGCAACACCGUCAAGUACACAAGGUGGUGGAGCCAAGCUUUCACGCACCCGAGUGAUGCUGACAGCACCAGUUGAGAAGCAAGACGGUGAUGUCAAUUCAGAGAAGAGUGCCUUGCCACUUGUAGGAGGACGAUCAAUAGUGUCCGAUGCAGACCAGAAUGUGGGGGGCAGGGAGGGGGUUGCCAGCGCAGCACAGGAUGUGGCCAGUAUGGAAGACAGUAGAUGGGAGGAGAAGAUUGCAGCAGUGAAGUCAAGGAUGGGGAAGACAUUACCCGGCCAGUUACAAGCUACAGAGAGUCAGAAGUUGGGAUCCCUGGGAAUUGGAAAACUGCCAGAGAAUUAUCCAGAGCAAACUGCACUUGGUGAACAACUCUGGCGAAGAAAGGGAAAGUCAGCAGAUAAGGAACAGGGUUCCUCUAGCUCAACGUUUGAGUCGGAGAACUGGAGUGUGCUGAGGAUAGGUGCUCGGGAGUCCCACAGUCGCCAGUGGGAGUUCGGGGCUGGAGUUGGAGGACUGGAAUGUGCUGAGGAACAGGAUACCUCUGAACUGGUCCAGCAGUUUGACACAUUAUCAGCACAGUUGUAUUCGACAGAAGAGGAGGAGCCAGAGAGGGGAAGUGAAGAUAUUGAAGAUGGGGAGAAGAUUGGGGAGUUGGAGGUGUGGGCUCUACAUCAUCAACAUCAGAACGAACCUGGGCACUGUACAGAAGUGAAGCACGAGGAGCACUUUGACGUAGAGAACCAGACUGAGUGUCAGGCGACGCAAUCUGGAACUGGUGAAAGUGGUGAGAGUUGGAAAAUCAGGAAGUGCAGUGACUGUGGACGUGAAAUGCACGGAGGAGGACAGAUUUGGGAAUCGCAGAAGGGCAGCAACUUUGUAAAGAGGUCAUCUUCUCUGAGUGUGGCGAGUACAAGCUUAAAACAUAGUGACAAUGCAAAUUGUCUGCCGAAUCUGACGAGCAUGAUACCUGAAGACAGGGGAUGGCCAGAGAUGAUGAGGGGGCUAAUAGAAGCGACUCAGGCAAGCGCUUUCAUUCAUCCAUUGGAGCCAAUCGUGGAGGAAGUGCAGGAUUCGGCAUCUGAUAUCUGUAAGAGGACAGGCGCGAGUCCAUUUCAUUCAAGAUUAGAAGACGAGUCUGUAUCAACAGCUGCAGAGUCUAUGGCAGCAGUCGAGGUAUCACAUACAAAGCCUAAAGUUGACCGGGUUCAAAGCCGCAUUUCUUCUGUGGCCUUGGCUGUGGACAACAUGAUUAUUCAAAGUUCUGGAUGCGAAGGAACAACAAGGGACAGAGCAGCAACUCCGAAGGGGAGAGACACCAUAGACCAAACUGCAGAUGAAGAGGGGACUGAACAACUCGGAGAGAGGCCUAGUAAGACUGGACAGGAGCUUGCACAAGUAGGGGAUGUUCGUUUGUCUCUUGCAAUGAACUUGAAGAAACCGGACACUGGUAACAAUAAUGAAAACGCUGGGACACAAGGUCUGUCAGAUGUUGUGUCCUCAAAGCUGGAGCCCAAUAGGGAGUUGGCUCCAGCUGGCUCAGACUUGAAGAUGGCGGCACCUGUCAACUUUCCGCAGCAAAAUACCUUUAACCCUACAUCACAGGCUGGAAGGCUUUCAGAAGCGGCUGGGAGGCUUUCAGAAGGGGUCAGUUCUGAUGAGAUCCAUCCUCACAAAGCAGGCAGUUAUGUGGUCAAGGGCAGCAAGACAUCAGGCAGCAGCAUUGGGAGUUCUCACGGUCGUCAUACGGACAUAACAUUUAUGGGCAUUGCAAAGUCAGAAGAGUGGCAGAAUCUGACAAUGAUGGAGUUGCUUCGGGAGAGUGGACUCCUCAAGAAGGGUGGCAGCGACACUGAGGAUACGACCGUGGUCCAAGAGCUGGACCAUCUGAUAGAGGACAAAGUCGCGGAAGUUGAUGAAAGUGGCGAGGAUCUAUUCCAGUCUGAAAAACCACCUGCAUACAAAAGGGGAAGCAACAAGAGGUCUUCGAAGAAGAAAAGGCAUUGCACUGUAAUGUGAGCUAUAUUCGAGUCUGGAAAACCACCAGCGCACAGAGGGAGCAGCGGGAAUUAGUCUUCGAAGAAGCAGAGAGAUUGUGCGGCAAGAUGAAAAUAAGGAACAUUGAGUGAUUGCAUUGUUUUAUCCAUUCCUGCAUCACUACAUUUUUCCCUUCUGUGAGCAUUUUAUUAUUUUGUGGAGUUAUUGAUCUGUAUGAGAAGCACAAGUUUAUGGAACAAAUAUGAUAUGAUGUG